CUUCAGUCUGUGAACCCACCAUUUUCUCUCAGGAGAGAAGAAAUUAACAACUCAAAAUGCCUUCCUGCUCCUGUUAUACGCUUGUGGCUACCGUUUUGCUUCCCCUUGCACUGAUCUAUUCAUCAAAUGCUCAACUAUCUUCGACCUUCUAUUCGAACACAUGCCCCAACGUAUCUUCCAUCGUGCGCAGCGUGAUUCAGCAGGCUCUGCAAUCCGAUCCCCGUAUAGGAGCAAGCCUCACUCGUCUUCACUUUCAUGAUUGCUUUGUCAAUGGAUGUGAUGGAUCGGUUUUGUUAGACCAGGGCGGUAACAUAACGCUGAGCGAGAAAACUGCGACACCCAACAACAAUUCCGCACGGGGAUUCGACGUGGUUGAUAAAAUCAAGGCCUCCAUUGAAAACUCAUGCCCUGGCGUGGUUUCUUGUGCCGAUAUUCUUGCCCUCGCUGCUGAAGCCUCUGUGUCUCUGGCAGGGGGUCCUUCAUGGAACGUACUACUCGGGAGGAGAGACGGUGUGGUAGCAAAUCAGAGUGGAGCCAAUUCCGCAAUUCCCACCCCAUUUGACAGCCUCGCCAAUAUCACUGCCAAGUUCGCCGCUGUCGGCUUAAACAUGACCGAUCUCGUUGCACUGUCAGGUGCGCACACGUUUGGUCGAGCGCAGUGUCGAUUUUUCAGCAGCAGGCUGUUCAACUUCAGCGGAACGGGAGGGCCUGAUCCGACUCUGAAUACAACCUACCUGGCCACGCUGCAGCAGAAUUGUCCUCAAAAUGGGAGUGGAACAACUCUGAACAAUCUGGAUCCUUCUUCUCCUGACGCUUUUGAUAACAACUACUUCGCUAAUCUUCUUACCAAUCGGGGCCUUCUUCAAUCCGACCAGGAGCUCUUCUCCACAAAUGGUUCUUCCACCAUUUCCGUUGUCAACAACUUUGCAGGCAACCAGACUGCUUUCUUCCUCGCUUUUGCUCAGUCCAUGAUCAAUAUGGGCAACAUCGGCCCCUUGACGGGCACUCUGGGAGAAAUCAGAUCCGACUGUAAGAAACUCAACGGAAGUUGAUGCAUCGAUCAUCCACUUCCAACUAUUUGGGUACUCUUUAACUUCUUCAUACGCUGUUAUAUAUUCACGGUUGUAUUUGAUCUUCCUUCUAGGUCUUGUGGGACCUGCUUCCUAAAUUAUACGGUGUUCUUGAAUUUGAGUAUUCGUGAAUAAAAUAUUCUUCAUGUAAAUGAAAGAUGCAGACUUCUGAUU